AGAGGAAAAGCAGACGCUCAGAAUUAGAUGGCUUACAGACAACAUCAAGUGAAACCAUGAAUGGAAUUGUUUUGUAGAUUAUCAUUUGGUAUCGAAAUGUCUUUUAUAGCCUAACUCUCUUGGAUCUCUGAACAUUCCAGCCAUUUUCACUCACUGCACAGACUGAGGAUAAAGGAACAAAGAUGACAAAUAUUGGCCCCGAAAUUAUGGUCGAGCCCUGUUUCAUAACUUCAGUGUUAAAAUGUUUAUGUUUCCUUCUCUGUGGAUCUUAGUAGGGUUAGGAAGGAGAAAACCAGAGAACAUAUGAAGGUCUGACAAUGGUAAAGCCACUUUAUAGUAAAGCCAUGUUAGGAAGGGUAGUAUAUCAAUCAAUCAAUCAAUCAAAUAAAUAAGUCCUAGUCCUAUGGAAUGAUCUAGCAGUAUUUUUCCAGUGAGCAGAGACAGCCAAAUACAUUCUGGUAUCAGAGGCAUAGGCAUAGUGUCCAUUGGACAAGGGGAGACAAAUGUCCCCUGGACCAGAGGAUCAAGGGGCCCACAAGCAGAGGCCUCCAGCCUCCUGGGGGGGCCUCCUAGUGGUCUGGGGGGCCACUCCACCGUUGCUGCUGCUGCCGCCCCAUGGCCGCUGUAAGCUGCCCUGCCAAUAUUUCUCAUAUUAAUAUUAAUUAAUAUAACAUAUCCUCAUAAACUAAAUAAUUGAGUUAUGGGGGUAAUAGGCACUGCCUCCCUUAGUAGCCCGAGGCUUUUACCUGGGUUAGAAAGGACACAAGCGCACCACGUACCCCUUGUCUGGAGUCAUGGGUAUGCUUGGGAUGCAUGCAUCCUAGAAUGCCUGGCUUGAGGGAGAAUCCUUCAAUGCACCAUGCUACUUAGGAUGCAUUGCUACGCAGUGCAUUCCACUACUUGCUCGUUCAUCUUAGGAUUCCUGGAGGCCAGGACUCAUUUUCCCAGUUUCCAGAGAUCCGUGCUGCUUGGAGCAGCAUGGAUCGCAUGUGUGCGACUGCACACCAAAGAGGAGAGUACCAUUUGUCUGGGAGGAAGCUAGGUUCAACCCUGCCUUCCCCCCUGCCCACCCCUUUCAUGGUUGUGAGAACGACCUUAAUAUGUUUCCUGUUACGCUAUCUAAGAGGGUUCGAAAAUUCACCAAUCCCUAUUAAUGAUGAUCUUUCACUGUUUGAAAUGUUCUUUAUGCUGCACACAGAAAAAUGAUACACAUUCUUAAAAGUUAGCAGGUUCUGUUCUGUUCUGCUCUGCUCUUCUCAAUUGCCCUGGCUAGUUUAUCUUGUGAUUAUUGUGCUGCCAAAUCACCUGAUCUCUUGACACCUCAUUUUCAUAGGAACAUAGGAAGCUGCCUUAUACAGAAUCAGACCAUUGGACCAUCUAGCUCAGUAUUGUCCACACAGACUGCCAGUGGCUUCUCCAAGUUUGCAGGCAGGAGUUUCUCUCAGUCUUAUAUUAGAGAUUCCAGGGAGGGGACUUGGAACCUUCUGCAUGUAAGCAUGCAGGUACUCUUCCCAGGGCGGCCCCAUCCCUUGAGGAGAAUAUACUCACAUGUAGAAGCUAUUCCCACAAUCCAUGGAAAGCGGGCUAAGGGAGCUUCCACAAGACUAGCUCCCCUGGUGGUGAAGGUAGUCAGUGGUCCACGAGUGUGUUUGGAUGCACUCCAAGGGGGUUCCACUCUAAGAAAUACUCCCCAAAUUAUAACAAUUAUGUCUGCCACAAACAGGGGAGGAAACCUCUAAUGAGAAUUACCACUGGGCAAGAUGGCCUGUUGUCACCGAGACUCAUUAGUACUGUUUUAUUUGCACCCUUGCUUCUGUUUCUUUCUUUCCUUCUCUCUUGUAUGUUUUUUUAAUGCCAUUCCAAAGGACUUUAUAUUUUGAAAGCUGUUUUCCUGCAAAUGAACAUGACACUUUUCUGUACAAAAGCCAGGUGACCCCAAUUGGUGCCAUUAACUCUGGUUUAAUUCUGCAGGUAUAUAACAGAGUUUGUAAACCUAGGCAAUGUUUCAGCUCUGCGCACCUUCAGGGUACUGAGAGCUUUGAAAACUAUUUCUGUAAUUCCAGAUAUGUCACAGAGUUUGUGGACCUUGGGAAUGUGUCAGCCUUGAGAACUUUCAGAGUUCUCCGAGCUUUGAAAACUAUCUCUGUCAUUCCAGGCCUGAAAACCAUUGUGGGUGCCCUGAUUCAAUCUGUGAAGAAGUUGUCAGAUGUGAUGAUUUUGACGGUGUUUUGUCUCAGUGUGUUUGCUUUAAUUGGGCUGCAGCUGUUCAUGGGCAAUCUAAGGAACAAAUGUGUCAUUUGGCCCAUUGACGUCAAUGAGACCUAUCUGGAUAAUGGCACCAAGGGCUUUGACUGGGAAGAGUAUUCCAAUAACGAGUCAAAUUUUUACACAUUACCUGGGGCUCUUGAUGCUUUAUUAUGUGGUAACAGCUCUGAUGCAGGCCAAUGCCCCGAGGGCUAUGUGUGCAUGAAGGCAGGGAGGAAUCCAAACUACGGCUACACCAGCUUCGAUACCUUCAGUUGGGCUUUCCUGGCCUUAUUUCGCCUUAUGACUCAGGAUUUUUGGGAAAACUUAUAUCAGUUAACCUUGAGAGCGGCAGGAAAAACCUACAUGAUCUUUUUUGUCCUGGUUAUCUUUGUUGGAUCAUUCUACCUGGUGAACUUGAUUUUAGCUGUGGUGGCCAUGGCCUAUGAAGAACAAAACCAGGCCACACUAGAAGAGGCAGAGCAGAAGGAGGCAGAGUUCAAGGCCAUGUUGGAACAGCUGAAGAAGCAGCAGGAGGAAGCCCAGGCUGCAGCCAUGGCCACUUCUGCAGGGACAGUCUCUGAAGAUGCUGUGGAAGAUGAUGGUGGAGGGAGGAUGUCCCAGAGCUCCUCCGAGAUCUCCAAGCUCAGCUCCAAGAGUGCCAAAGAGAGGCGGAACAGGAGGAAGAAGCGGAAGCAAAAGGAGCUAUCAGAAGGAGAGGAGAAGGGAGAUGUUGAGAAGGUGUUUAAGUCAGAAUCAGAAGAUGGCAUGAGGAGAAAGGUCUUCCGCUUACCAGACAAUAGGUUGGGGCGGAAACUUUCCAUCAUGAACCAGUCACUGCUUAGCAUUCCAGGAUCCCCAUAUCUCUCCCGACACAACAGCAAAAGCAGCAUCUUCAGUUUCAAAAGAGGUUUCCGUGAUCCUGGUUCAGAAAAUGAAUUUGCUGAUGACGAGCAUAGCACCGUGGAGGAAAGCGAGGGCAGGAGGGAUUCCCUCUUUAUCCCUAUCAGGGGCCAUGAGCGGAAAAGCAGCUACAGUGGUUACAGUGGUUACAGCCAGGGAAGCAGAUCGUCGCGUAUCUUUCCCAGCAUCCGUAGGAACAUGAAGCGGAACAGCACCGUAGACUGCAACGGCGUGGUCUCCCUGAUUGGUGGUCCAAAUUCCAACAUACCCAGCGGACGCCUUCUGCCUGAGGGUACCACUGAGGUGGAGAUUAAAAAGAAAGCCACUGGGUCACUCUUGGUAUCAAUGGACCAGUUGAAUGCAUCCUUUGGAAGGAAGGACCGAACAAACAGUUUAAUGACAGUCAUAACAAAUACCCUUGUAGAAGAACUAGAAGAAUCCCAAAGAAAAUGCCCCCCUUGCUGGUACAAAUUUGCCAACAUCUUCCUCAUCUGGGAGUGCCACCCAUACUGGGUGAAAUUAAAAGAGAUUGUCAACUGUAUUGUCAUGGAUCCCUUUGUGGAUUUAGCCAUUACCAUCUGUAUUGUUCUGAAUACUCUGUUCAUGGCAAUGGAACAUCAUCCCAUGACACCAGCAUUUGAGCAUGUCCUGCAAGUAGGAAAUCUGGUUUUUACGGGGAUUUUCACAGCUGAAAUGUUCCUGAAGCUCAUAGCAAUGGACCCUUACUAUUAUUUCCAAGAAGGCUGGAACAUUUUUGACGGAUUUAUUGUCUCACUCAGUUUACUGGAACUGAUGCUCGCAGACGUGGAAGGACUUUCAGUGCUGCGAUCUUUCCGACUGUUGAGGGUCUUCAAGCUGGCAAAAUCUUGGCCCACUCUGAACAUGUUGAUCAAAAUCAUUGGUAACUCCGUGGGCGCCUUGGGCAACCUGACCUUGGUGCUGGCCAUCAUUGUUUUCAUCUUUGCUGUGGUGGGGAUGCAGCUUUUUGGCAAGAGCUACAAAGAAUGUGUCUGCAAGAUCAACCCUGACUGUGAACUCCCACGAUGGCAUAUGAAUGACUUCUUCCACUCUUUCCUUAUUGUCUUCCGCGUAUUGUGUGGGGAAUGGAUUGAAACCAUGUGGGACUGUAUGGAAGUGGCAGGACAGGCAAUGUGCCUUAUUGUCUUUAUGAUGGUGAUGGUCAUCGGAAACUUGGUGGUGCUGAACCUGUUCUUGGCCUUGUUGCUGAGCUCUUUCAGUGCAGACAACCUUGCAGCCACUGAUGAUGAUGGUGAGAUGAACAAUCUGCAGAUCUCUGUCAUCCGAAUUAAGAAGGGCAUUGCCUGGGUGAAGAACAAAGCACACGAGUUUGUGCAGGCCCACUUCAAGCAGGCGGAGGGAGAUGAAAUCAAGCCACUGGAUGAGCUGUAUGACAAGAAGAUGAACUGCAUUGCCAACCACACUGGGGCAGACAUCAACCGGGAGAUUGAUUACCAGAAGAAUGGCAAUGGGACCACCAGUGGCAUUGGCAGCAGUGUAGAAAAAUACAUAAUUGAUGAAGACCACAUGUCUUUCAUCAACAACCCUAACCUCACAGUCCGUGUCCCCAUAGCUGUCGGUGAGUCUGACUUUGAGAACCUCAACACAGAAGAUUUCAGCAGUGACACCGAUGGCAGCAAAGAGAAACUGGAUGAUACCAGUUCAUCAGAAGGCAGUACCAUUGAUAUAAAACCAGAGGCAGAAGAGGUUCCUGUGGAAGCACCAGAAGAGUAUCUGGAUCCAGAUGCAUGCUUCACCGAAGGCUGUGUGCAACGAUUUAAGAUCUGUCAAGUCAGCAUUGAAGAUGGGCUGGGCAAGUCUUGGUGGAACUUACGGAAAACCUGCUUUCUGAUUGUGGAGCAUAACUGGUUUGAGACAUUCAUUAUCUUCAUGAUCUUGCUGAGCAGUGGAGCUCUGGCCUUUGAGGAUAUUUACAUAGAACAGAGAAGGACCAUACGGACCAUCUUGGAGUAUGCUGAUAAAGUCUUCACCUACAUCUUUAUCCUUGAAAUGUUGUUGAAAUGGUGUGCCUAUGGUUUUGUGAAGUUCUUCACUAAUGCCUGGUGCUGGCUGGAUUUCCUCAUUGUAGCAGUGUCUUUAGUCAGCCUUAUAGCUAAUGCCCUGGGCUACUCGGAACUAGGUGCCAUUAAAUCCCUUAGGACACUCAGAGCUUUGAGGCCUUUAAGAGCGUUGUCCCGAUUUGAGGGGAUGAGGGUGGUUGUGAACGCCUUGGUGGGCGCUAUCCCAUCCAUUAUGAAUGUGUUGUUGGUCUGCCUUAUCUUCUGGCUGAUUUUCAGCAUAAUGGGUGUUAACCUUUUUGCUGGAAAGUACCAUUACUGCUUUAAUGAGACGUCUGAGUAUCGAUUCUUGAUAGAGGAGGUCAACAACAAAUCCGACUGUGAGAAAAUUAUGGACCCCAAUGGAACAGAGAUCCGGUGGAAGAAUGUAAAGAUUAACUUUGACAACGUGGGUGCAGGGUACCUGGCCCUUCUGCAAAUAGCUACCUUUAAGGGCUGGAUGGACAUAAUGUAUGCAGCCGUAGAUUCUAGAAAGGUAGAUCAGCAGCCCAAGUAUGAAGACAACAUCUACAUGUACAUCUACUUUGUCAUCUUCAUCAUCUUUGGAUCCUUCUUCACCUUGAACCUCUUCAUUGGUGUCAUUAUUGACAACUUCAAUCAGCAAAAGAAAAAGUUUGGAGGUCAGGAUAUCUUCAUGACAGAGGAGCAGAAGAAGUACUACAAUGCCAUGAAAAAACUGGGCUCCAAGAAACCUCAAAAGCCGAUUCCAAGGCCUUUGAACCCAGUCCAAGGAGCUGUCUUUGACUUUGUGACCCAGCAAGCAUUUGAUAUAGUAAUCAUGCUGCUCAUCUGCCUCAACAUGGUGACCAUGAUGGUCGAAACGGACACACAGAGCAAGCAGAUGGAGGAAAUCCUCUACUGGAUCAACCUGGUCUUUGUUAUCUUUUUCACUUGCGAGUGUGUACUGAAAAUGUUCGCCUUGCGUCACUACUACUUCACUAUUGGCUGGAAUAUUUUUGAUUUUGUGGUUGUGAUUCUCUCUAUUGUGGGUAUGUUCUUGGCUGAAAUCAUAGAGAAAUAUUUUGUGUCACCUACUCUCUUCAGAGUCAUCCGCCUGGCCCGCAUUGGCCGUAUCCUGCGCCUGAUCAAAGGAGCCAAAGGGAUCCGCACCUUGCUUUUUGCCUUAAUGAUGUCUUUGCCUGCCUUGUUCAACAUUGGCCUCCUGCUCUUCUUAGUUAUGUUCAUCUUUUCAAUCUUUGGGAUGUCAAACUUCGCCUAUGUCAAACAUGAGGCUGGCAUUGAUGACAUGUUCAACUUUGAGACUUUUGGAAACAGUAUGAUUUGCUUGUUCCAAGUCACUACCUCAGCUGGGUGGGAUGGCUUGCUCUUGCCCAUCCUGAACCGGCCCCCGGACUGUGAUUUGGAAAAGGAGCACCCUGGGAGUGGCGGCAAAGGUGACUGUGGCAAUCCCUCUGUGGGGAUCUUUUUCUUUGUUAGCUACAUCAUCAUCUCCUUUCUGAUUGUGGUCAAUAUGUACAUUGCCAUCAUUCUAGAGAAUUUCAGUGUGGCUACGGAGGAAAGUGCUGAUCCACUGAGUGAAGAUGACUUUGAGACCUUCUACGAGAUCUGGGAGAAGUUUGAUCCUGAUGCCACACAGUUCAUAGAGUACUGCAAAUUGGCAGACUUUGCAGAUGCUUUAGAGCAUCCUCUCCGUGUCCCUAAGCCUAACACCAUCGAACUCAUUGCCAUGGACUUGCCGAUGGUGAGUGGGGACAGGAUCCACUGCUUGGACAUCCUGUUUGCCUUCACAAAACGUGUAUUGGGUGAUAGUGGUGAAUUAGACAUCCUGAGGCAGCAGAUGGAAGAGAGGUUUGUGGCUUCUAAUCCUUCCAAAGUGUCUUAUGAGCCUAUCACAACCACACUACGGCGUAAGCAGGAAGAGGUAUCUGCGCUGGUCAUCCAGAGGGCUUACAGGGCCCGCCUAGUAAGGAGGGGUUUUAUAUACCGAAAGAAUGUCUCCAACAAAAUGGAAAAUGGGGGGACAAACAGGGAGAAAAAAGAAGGCACCCCGUCCACGGCAUCCCUCCCAUCCUAUGACAGUGUAACGAAGCCUGAAAAAGAGAAACAGCGGGCCGAAGAAGGGACGAGGGAAAGAGCAAAAAGGCAAAAAGACAGGGAAUCCAAAUGUUGAGAUGAUCCAUAAUAAUAAUAACUGUAGAAAACUUGUGAGCAGAAAAGAUUGUUUACAAACUUCCCGAUAAAAUAUAUAUCAAUAGCGAACAGCUGUGGAGACACUUUACCUGAAGAUCUUAUACCAAACAUAGUCUGCUUACUGUGUGACCAUGUUGCAUCUCAAAGCAGUGAUCUACCACCUGUUUAAAGGACCCAUCUAGACAAAUAUAUUUAAAAAAAACCAGGAAACAAUACAAAGGCGAAAAAAAGGAUUUUAUAUUGUUUGGGCAGGUGGAUACUGCAUGUUCCACAUCAGUCAAUGCAACUUAGGACAAACAAGCAAAAUAAAACACAUACACACUUAAGUGGGGCGGGGGGACCUGCUGCUUUAGGGUUCUUUUUUUUUUUUUCAAAAGCAGCCAAAUGGAUUUUAUUUUUCUCAUUUUAUUGAAAGGAAACCCAGGAAAAACAAUCAUCACUUUGAAGGGUUUGUUCAUGCAAAACUAGAUUUUCAUACUUGAUAUUUAGUUUAAGCAGCAAAAAAAAAAAUUAGAAUUGGGGGGAAGCAAAACAAACCAAGCAACAACAAAAAGCUGAAAUGAGGCAACACAUAUUUAGCCCAUGUCAUUUAAUCGUCAUAGUUUCUUUGGUAUUUAUGAUCUGCAUACUUCUUUAUUAUAUGGGCUUCACCGUGGUUUGAGAGAUGGGGGUAAUCAGGUGUUUUCAGCCUGCCAAACUUGCUCAGGCUGAUUCCAAAAAUAAAAUAAAAUAAAAUUGUGCUCGUUUCAAUGCAUAAAAAUGAUUUGCAUGAUGGCAUGCUGUGAUCAGGAAUCAUGCAUGAGGAAUCAUAAAACCACAAGACACUCAAUAUGCUGUCCAGGCUGUGCGUUAAGCCAUAUGUUCAAGGCACUCCACUGACUACGGCACACUGUAUUUGGAGAGUUAUUCUUAGCUAUAACGAUGCCCUUCACCAAGUUACCAAUUCUUAAUCGUUCCAUACACCCUCUAGCAGGACAAGAAGUGGAAACAACCAAUGAAAAGCUGUUUGUAUGUAUGUACAGUAUAACAACCUUUAUGCAGCCAUAUAUAUUUUUUGCACUUUUACAAAAAGAAAUACAUAGAACAAAAAGAAAACCCCAACAAUGCUGCUCUGAAACCCAUCUGAUGGGAAGACCAUUCAAGAAUGGUUGCUAAUACAGUAUCUUAUCAAAGAGACCUUCAGGGCUUCGAGAAAAUCCAUCCAGUAGUUUCAUAUCCUGCAAUAUUAUGAUUACUCUUCAGCCUCCAUUCUGCAGUGUAGAUGCUUUUUUGUUUCUGUUAGAGAUAAGUGCUCCAGGCAACAGCACUUUGUCUCUUAAAGGUGCAAUUUUGAGCAGUUAUAUCAAGCAAUCUUAUCAAGGGGGGAUAGUGGCAUGAGAGGGGACUAACAGCAUUGUGUGCCUAUAUACAUGCAAAAUGGUUGCAUUCUUAUGGGGUGUUAAGAUGCAAGAAACCUAAUCUUGGGGCACAAGCUGGUUUCUGGGAAAGUGGGCUUUACUUAUUGUUCUUCCAUUGACAGAUUUCCUGCAGCUUGAAUUCUGACACUGCAUGGUUUUAUUUGUUUCUCUAGCUGCAUUAAAAAAAACACCAACGAAUCAAAAAGAUCUUUUUAAAACCAUGAAGGAGAAUUAUCUUACUUUUGACAAGCAAAGACACAGUGUGAUAUGGGCACAGUGCUGAGACAAAAAGUAUCAUAUAUGUUGUGUGCCUUCACCAACUUCUCAUUUCAUCCCACAUUGUUGUAUAGUAAUAAUUUUAGCAGUCCUGCAAAUUCAGGUAGGGAUGAAGAGCUACCUCUCAGCUAAUUUUAUGUCUAAACCAUUGGGCCCACCACCACCCAAAAAAACCUCUCUUCAGUUUUGUGUUUCUUUUUAGCACCUGGGCAUCUUUCAGUAUUUUGAAAUAUUCUGUUCUGUCCUAAUUCUUCAAUAAGUCAAUCAUCAUCAAGAUUUUUUUUAAUGGCACAGGAUUUGGGGAAUAGUUCUUGCUGACGGGCCAAAGGUUGCAUUGCACCAUAACCAACACUGUGUUCCAUCUGCAGCUUAAAGAAGGUAUGGAGGUGCUGCUAAUUGUUGAGAAUGCUGGGUUGUCAAGGAAGUAUUCUGAACUUCUAGAUAUGAAGGAUGACAAGCUGUUUGAAUGUGGACCAAAUAAAUUGUAUUUACAAAAGGGCAACAAAAGUUAAACGUAACCACUCAACAAUAUUCCAAAAGCAAAACAAAAGAGAUAGCAACGCCUUUUAGAUAACUGGCAGAGGCUUGAUCUAUAGAAUCUUGCAAGUUAGACACCGACUCCAAGGGUCACUUAGAAAGCAAGCCAUUUGAUAGACAUCUGUGCCAAGCUGGAUUUUUAAAUACAUAGUCUAGCUAUCAUGAGAUCAGUGGAAGAAUUCUACUGUAUCAGAUACCACAAGGAACAAAAUAUUUCUAUCUUCUUAGACUUAUCCCACUCACUCCUACAAUGUGUAUAAUAAAAUAAAAAUUACAUGCAUAUGUACAGGCAACAUUGUAAACAGCACAACAACAAAAGCUGAAAGUGUGGUUGAACUUUUUAAAAGAAUAUUAUAAAUAUUGUAAUAUACCAUUUUAUUUUAUUGGCAUGCCUUUUUGUAAAUAAGAAAGGACUAAAAAUUAAAUAGAAUGGCUUCUGGCUUAUGCCACUGUCCAUGUUUAAUUUUAUAUAUACUUAUAUAUAUAUAUAAAUAUAAUACAUUUUUCUCUUUCUUUUUCCACUUUUGAGAUGAUGUCAACUUACGUACAUGCCCACAGGGGGGGUGGGGGGAGGAAAUCCUCCCAAACAGACACACAGCAAAGCUUUAUUGCAAAAUUACCUUUACAACAGAAACUGUUUUUAAAAGACUAUAGACUUACUCUGUUUUGGUUCUGAGGUGCAAUAUAUUUUGACCACUUCUAUGCAAGAUUUGGCUAAAUGUCAUAAUUGUUCUUUAGCUUGACUACCACCAUUCCAUAUGGAAAGCUUGGUACAUGUAGUGUUUGUGCUGUCAAAUUUUAAUGAGCAAUUGAAUUUAAUGAGUAAAAAAUGCCCUGCAAUCUAUAUUUACAUUGGGUCAUUAUUUAGCAAUACUUGAAUUUUCUUACAUUACACUAGUUUUGCUUAAAAAUAAAAGUUAUUAGCAAACAGCUUCAAAGCUGUGGGCUAUAUCCUUUCUGCUAAAAUGAAUAGUUUGUAUUUUUUUCCCCAGUUUUUGCAUUAUAUUUCUUCUGUUUUUCAUUUUGGUUUGUUUAUUUAAACAAUUGUCCUAAUCAGCCACACUUCACAGAAGUUGGGGAAUCAUCAUUAGGCAAAGCUUAAUUAGAGCAUUAGAAAAGUCUUGUUCAAAAAAGAACAAUCAUAUUAUCGUACACGGAUAUAUUAUAUAAAGAAAUAUCAAUUCAAGGGGAAAAAGGAAGGAACCUGUUCACCAACAAGCCUGACCAAUGCUUUUUAAAGAAAGCUGAUAAAAAACAAAAAUCAGUCAGCAAUGUCUCAAAAUCACUGAGAACAUUUAAAUAAUAAUAAUUUUGAAACUGUUGAUUUUUAAGUUCACUCUCUUGAAUGUCCCCUGACUUCCAAAAAUGUUACUGCAUAUAGUUUUGGAAUUUUUGGUUUGGUGAGAGUAUAUAAACAUUUGCCUUUAUCUUCAUUUGCUUUUUUGGACUGGUAGAAUUAGGAUGGAAAAUGAUCUAGUUUCUGGGCUAUCUAGUUAAAGGAGUGGUGGAGAUUCCUAAAGGAACAGCCAUGAAUAGAAGGAUGUUUUAUGGGUUGCCAUGGGAGAACUUUGAUCGAGAUGACUAAUGAAUAAUCCCUUGUUACUUCAAGUCACUUAGCAAAAAACAUAUGGCUGGGUCUGGAACCCCCACACCACUCAAAAAAAAAGAAAAAAGAACAGAACAGAACAGAACCAGAACUGAGAGAGUAUUGCUAAUGCAACACAAGCUUGCAACUGAAUAGUAAAAACAGUAGACCUUUGAAGAAAGCAUAGUUUUAACACCACAGACUUUUAUUACAGAUAUAAUUCUGGCAAUAUUCUGUAGGAUACUAGUCAGACUGUGAACAAUUUAUAUAUCUAAAAUGUUAAAUAUUUUAAUUUAUGGUUGUCUUUUUAAAAAAAAACAUAUAUGCAAAUACUUGGAUUGUUUUUAUGAAGACACCAAUAAUUUAAGUUUUUAUUAGUCAAUGGAAAAUUUUGAUACACAUAAAUUCUUUGUGAAAACAAAUAAUGCAAAAAAGGUAUAUUUAAUAUGAAAGAAAAAAGGAGAAUUUUAAAACUGGUGCUUUGAGGGGUAUGAUUCUGAGCAAUUUUCUCAUUUUUGUGUCAUUGGAAUGUUACUGAAUUCUACUAGGAAAUCCUCUUGAUGUCAACAGCUUUUACUCUUGGGAUUGGAAGGGCUCAGUAUCAGUUUUUUAAAAAAUCUUACAUCUAAUAGUUCUACCAGUGCAAAAAAAAGAGUGAAAUAUAAAUUAAUCCUUGAAUUACUCAUUUUAUUAUAUGGAAAGAGGGGCUUUUCAUAAGAGCAGGAAAUGGCUUGUUCUUCUACAUCUGGGAAAUUGCAGUAAUUUUUUUUUUAACUUAUAACCCUUCAUUAGUUUUGUUUUGUAAAAUUUUAGGGCAAUGAUGUAGCCCAGUUUCACCCUGCAUUUGGCCUUCCUGUUUAGAUUUUCUGAUAAAGAGUAAAUGGUGGGGGGGGGGGGAUAAACUCAGUCAAUUACCAGGCAAGGCAGCAGAGUUCUCAUCUGAAUUUUCAUAGUGAUGUUAUGAUUUUUAUUUACCCUAACUACCGUUCCAGGUGUAGGCAGCCAAUAAUGAAGACUAGUAUAUCUUUUGAUGGCUCGGUGGUUCAUCCUGCUCUUUAUUUUUAAAAUGUGCUCUUGAUGAAUUAUGUUGCCACCACAAGCCAAAGAACAUGAAAUAAACAUUCCCAAUUUUACUGCACAAGGGGAAGAUGGCUUGAUGUCUGUUUUGUUCCAUGUUUUAACAGAGUUAGGGUUCUACAGCCAUCAUCACUACAUCAGAAAAAGAUGUAGGGUCAGGUGUCGAAACCCUGGCCUGCCAGGUUCAUAAUUUGCAAGAAGUGAUGUUGCCAAAUGGAUAGUUGUAGCAGCUAUAUCCAUAAAACAAACUGAUAAUUUAGAAAUAGUCAGUCAUACUUGCCAUUAGUUUGUUAUGUUAUUGCUUUGAUGUGUCACACGUAAAGUGGAGGAAGCAUUAAUGACUUUUAUCUGAUGCAAACUAAACAAACUCUGAAGCUAAGUGAUUGGUUACCAUCCUACAAACCUUUACCAAUUCUCUGUUCUGAAGUUUGUAAAAGGAAAGACAAAGACUAGAUAGUCUGUGCAAAUUGGACUGGUUUUGCCAAUAACCAUUAGUUGGGCUUUGGAAUUGAAAAAAGAGAAGUUCAGCUCUUUACUCAGCUACAAAAUUCCCUGUCAUACAGGGUACAUUCAGGUAUAAUGCAGCUGGCCCAAAUUUGGCCCAGUGUGAGAAUUCCCUGGGGCUGAGUUUCUGAUGUAUGAAAUUGGCAGUCACAGCUAUCAAUACAGGGCAACAGAGUAAUCAAAUAUGUAUAGUUACUUUGCAAAAAUCAAGUGUGGUCUCCUAAAAGCAAAUGGGAGGCUGCAUUAUAUGUCAUGAUGUAAACUGUUUUCAGUGUGUCCACUUUUAGUACAUGCUAUAUUUGAAAAUGAGAUGUAUGUAACCACUAUAUGUUUACAGGCACACAUUUCCCCUUCAAAUGUUAUGGAGUUAACCACAAGAUUCAUGUUGGUCACACAAAGUGGCCUUGAAGCAUUCCCUGAAGUUGAUGAAGCUCCACUGAUUUUGCAUGUGUAAUGAUAAUGAAAAGUGUGUUUUGAAGUGUGUUCUGAACAUCUGAAAAGUGUGUUUUGGGCUGGGGGUGGUUAAAGAAUAAUCCUGAACUGGUUUAGAUUUGUAAGAAGAAAGGUCUUAAAAGGAUGGGCUCAAAUGCCAGGGUGAUAAGGACCCUAGAGAAGCUGUAGUUUGAAGCACUAUCUGCUCCAUCACCAUAUUCAGGACUUCAGUUUCAAGGCUAUGCACCAGCAUGAAAAUGCCCUUACCUGGUAUUACAGGUAAGCUCUUUCAAGCAAGCCCCACUGCAAACGUUGACUCCUCCUGCUAUGUGUGUAUUACUCCUUCCCUGCUAGAAGGUUCUCAGGUUGAUACUACGCUUGCCUUGGCACAGGAAAUGGGUAGUUCCACGCUACUGGGUGUUCCAUGUUGUUUUCUUUCCUUACCUUUUGUGUAUUGGUAAUGCUCUCUCCAGAAACAGUAUGUAAUAGGGCUUUAGCUGUACAUGGGUCAGUGGACACCCAGGCCUUGGCUUACAGCAGUUCUGAAUCCAUCCACUGGACGGCAAUAGUAUGCAUACGCAUUUCACUUUAAACUCUUUGUUCCGAUCUGCUUUGUAAUGUUGCGUUUCAGUUUUCCAUUUAAAGGGCUGAGGUGUGACACCUUCGCUUCACAUGCUAGCUAUGUCUCCCCAGUUGCUAGGUGGCUUCACUGAACACUUGCUCUGUUAUGGUCCCUCUAAGUGGACAGCAAGGGAAGCUUCAUACGUGCCAUUUUCCCUAUACAGAGAUCAUCACUGCAUAGAAGAAACUAUGUUGUGCUUCUGCAGUGCGGCACAAAUGUUUAUUUUGCCAUAAGGACACGUAGGGAACAGACCCGUAGCAGGGGGUACAUAGUGAACUCAGUGUAGGGCCCACAGACUGUGAGAGGCUCACACCCACUCAGGAACCCCUUUCUCUUGUAUGAACUUUAUGUAAAAAAUGGGGCUAUGAGAGCACUUGGCAUCAAGGUGGGAAGGAGGCUGAAGCUUGCUCAGUCUCCAGCCAGUUUGUUUGGUCACGCAUGCAUGCUGGUUCUUUUACCCUGACAUGCUUUUUGUGGUUUUGUACAUUUUUAUUCCACUCUUCUGCCAAGAGGGGUGAGGCCCUUCAGGGGGGAAGCACUGACUAUAUACAGUAGGCCUCACAACCCAUAUACUAAUAGCAAAAUAAACAUGUUGCACUUCAAAAGUGACCGACUUCUCCCUGAGAUGAAAAGCACUGCUUGAUGUGAUGAGAAAAAUUACACAGAGCCAUUCCAUUGGAACUGGGACUGCCUAACCCGUCCUUUUAAUUUCAAUGGGACUACUUAGAGUAAUUUUUCCUUAUGUCAGUCACAGAGAUUAUCUCCACAUGGGAAAAGCAUCUUGUGUGAAGCAGCUCUAAGAAGUGAUUAAUCACUACUCAUUAGAGAUCCCACCCACCUGCCUCAAAAAAGGCAAAACAAAAUCUACAAAAUUAUGAAUCUCCCUUUGCUGGUGAAAGAGAGAAAUUCUGCUGUUAAACUAGUCUGGACUUUGUGAUGUAGCUGAAUUCAACAAAAGAAGCUUACACAAAACCUCAAAGAAUUUGCUUGGGAUGAUGCGACAUAUAUAUCCAAAUUUUACCCUGACAAUGUUGCUGCAUAUUGCAUCUGUAUAGAGAGGUGUGGGUGUGUGCAUGCUUGUGAGCAUGUGGAGGGUGUAUUUUGUUUAGAAGAAGUGAAACCUUUUUAGGUGUUAGUGCUGGAUAUUAGAAAACAGGACUCUAAUGAAUUCUGUUUCCAGCUCCAUUGCCGAUAUGAGAUGUGUAUGAAUGAGAUGUGUAUAAGAGAGACCUUGGGCAAGUCACCUAACCUCUCUAUGUGCCUCAGUUUUACCCAUCUGUAAAAUGGGUAAUUACCUACCUCACAGGGGUGUUGUGAGGCUUAAUUUAAUUCACGUAUGUUCAGAUGCUUUUCUGAGGUUCAUAAGUUAAAGUGCUAUUCUAGGUGUGCACAGGACAGAACCAUGGACUGAGGGGAAAGCAUAAUGAGAUGGUGCCAUUAAUGCUGCUAAUUAAGACAGUCACUGCUACAGCUUUUUCUCAACAGAUAUCAGGGCAAAUAUUUUCGUUUCUUGCUGCAGUUUGCGUAUUUCCUCCUCCCCCAUUCAAUAACAUGUUUAUUUCCAUGCCUUUAAAACCCAGUCCCUAGAUUUUGUUCUGUUUUAAAACAAACAAAAACACAGAAAAAGAAGAGUUUUGGGGAGGGGAAAAAGAGAAUGUGUGUUUUAAAAAAUACCUACUUCUACAACUACUACUACUACAAAAGUUGGGUUGAAAGUUUAACAUCUGACUUAUUUGAUUUCCUUUGUACUGUACAUCUUUUUACUUUGGAAUUUGCAAUAAAAAGGUAUGUCCAUCUUGUUUUAACCUCU